AUGACAGCAGUGACGGACUACAAGUCAAGGACGUCACAAGAUGCAAAAUUACCAUCAUCUUCUGCAGACCAGUCAGCCAAGCCAACAGGAGACGACGUAAAACAAUUACUGACCGAUGUAUACCACGGGUACGACAAACGCGUUCGACCUAUGAAGAACCAGGGCUCCCAGUUGGAGACUACACUUGAGUUUCAUUUGCAUUCAAUAAAUGAAGUAAAUGUACGGUCUCAGAAAAUGGUCGUGUCUGGCUGGUUUGGGGUUAUUUGGAACGAUGAAUACCUCGUAUGGGAUAGUACUGGUCACGGAGGCGUUUUUGAAGUUUCCUUAGAUAGCAAGACAAUCUGGUUGCCAACAAUUGCACUGACAAAUGCAUACGAAGGGAUCUCUAGGCUGGACCUGAUUGAAACCAAAGCCAUUGUGAAUGAGGAAGGGUAUGUGUAUUGGUAUCCCGGAGGUGGAUUUGCCGUGACUUGUGAAAUCCACAUCAAAUACUAUCCAUUCGACAUCCAGAAUUGUAAGAUGUCCAUUGAGAUAUGGGAUUUGGGUAUUAACGAAGUCGUCCUAAAACCAAAGAAUAGCACGGUGAAUCUUGGAGAGUAUAACGAAAAUGGUGAAUGGGAUCUGGUUGCCACCAAAUAUGUUCAGUCAUCAACACCAAGUAGAACCAGCAGAUUAACUAUCUAUUUAACGUUGUCGAGGCGCCCAAAGUUUGUAAUAUACAUUACAAUUGUACCAGUGGUGAUGUUGGGAUUGUUAAAUAUCUGUGUUUUUCUCAUUCCACUGUCUUCCGGAGAAAAGAACUCCUACUGUGUGACUAUUUUCUUGUCCUACACAGUUUUUCUAGGGACAAUAAGCUCGGAAUUACCGCACACUUCCUUGGAAACGCCCUACUUGACAAUUUAUCUCAUAUGUCUUUUGGCGCAAAGUGUUUUAAUCCUUAUAAUAACCGUCAUUCAAGUGAGACUCUAUCUUGAUCACGGAGAUUUUGUCAUAUCUAACUGUCUCUUAAACAUUUCAUUGUGUUUUCACAAAAAAGACAAAAGAAAAACGCAUCCUGUUAAAGACGACAUGUCCAAUGCGGAGGCCUACGACUCCGAUAUCAUAUCUACUACGACAGACAUGGAAAUCUGUACUAAAAGUAGAGAAAAGCGUAAAAACAUUUGUACCAAAUUUUCGGUGUUCAAUGCAGCUGUUCUUGGGAAGAAGAUGAAAAUGCCUCAGCCAAUCAAAGGCAAGGGCUGCUAUAUUGAAUUUCUGAGCAGGCGUAAAAAGUAA